GAGCACCGCGCCGUGCUGCCCUCGGGCCGCGCUCAGCCCGCCCAGGUGGCCGCGGCGGGGCCGGGACACGCCGGGGCGGUGCCGCCCGGCCCGCCCCCACCUCGGGCUGUACGGGAAGUGAUGUUGCCUUGACGGAAAAGACACGGUCGGAGCUCAAAAAAAAAGGCAGGUGCGGCGUGACGCGGCUGCGGGAGCCCCGGCGGCCGAGCAGAUGAGAAAUGGCUCUUUUUGCAUGACUAUGGUAUUCAAGAGAUCUGACCUGUGUCAGGAAACUUGUCACUGAAGCACAUUUGGAAAACUACAGAUCCAUUCACAGCUGUUAAACAUAGAAGCUGCAAAUAUUCCUCUGGCCAUUCACAGUGUGUGCUUUAAAGGAAUUAAACAAAGAACAUGGCCUGACUGACAUGUAUUGCAGUCUACUGAAUCACCCAUAUAGGCAGAGCAUAAUUUACACUUUCUUUACUGUGCCGCCUGAAUUCUCACUAUGUCUGAUGGGGACUAUGAUUACCUCAUAAAAUUCCUUGCGCUCGGUGAUUCUGGAGUAGGAAAGACCAGCCUUCUUUAUCAAUACACAGAUGGCAAAUUUAAUUCCAAAUUCAUCACAACGGUGGGCAUUGACUUUCGGGAAAAGCGAGUGGUGUAUAGACCCAAUGGGCCAGAUGGUGUUGGUGGCAGAGGACAGAGGAUCCAUCUUCAGCUCUGGGACACUGCAGGGCAGGAAAGGUUUCGUAGCUUGACUACUGCUUUCUUCAGAGAUGCCAUGGGAUUUCUUCUGCUCUUUGAUCUGACAAAUGAGCAAAGCUUUCUGAAUGUCAGGAACUGGAUAAGUCAGCUACAAAUGCACGCGUAUUGUGAAAACCCAGACAUUGUGUUAUGUGGAAACAAGAGUGACCUGGAGGACCAAAGGAUGGUGAAGGAAGAAGAUGCUAAGGAACUUGCAGAAAAAUAUGGAAUCCCAUAUUUUGAAACCAGUGCAGCAAAUGGGAAUAAUGUAAGCAAAGCCAUUGAAACUCUGCUUGACCUCAUUAUGAAGCGCAUGGAACGAUGUGUGGAUAAAUCCUGGAUCCCUGAAGGGGUGGUGCGCUCCAAUGGGCACAGCUCUACAGAACAACUGAAUGAGGAGCAAGAAAAAGGCAGAUGUGGCUGUUAGCCCAGUUACAAAUAACUUUAAUGUGUAUGAUACAGUACAGUUGCAGCUUACCUGUUUAACUUUGGGACAAAUCGCUUUGUGUAGUUAUUUAAUGAGCUAUAUUAAUUAUCGAUACGAAUUUUUAUUUGCUUUCUCUCAAACAACCUUGAUCUCCACUUGUUUAUAUGCAGUUUAUUAGUUGUGGCACAGAGGUUUAAUUUGGUUCAGCACUGGAUGUUCCUCUAAUUCUCUGCUUGGGAGGAAAGGGGAAGAAAGGAAUUUUCAUUACCAAAUUCAGAAACAUGUCUCUCUGGGCAGCCAGAAAGGGUAGACUUCUGAGUUGAAGGGUUUGCAAGUUGCCCUUGGCAGUCUCCACUAACUACACAGAGUAGGCAUUAAGAUUAGAUAUUGUGACAGCUCUUGGUGUCUCCUAACAGCAAGAUAACCAACUUGCUUCUUGGUUUUAAACAGAAACAUUUAAUCAUUUCACCAAUUAAUAACAAUCGUAAAGAGCACAUCCUGUGUUUUCCACAGAAGCCUGAGAGUAGUUUUUCCUUGCUCUCCUAAUCCAUCAGUUUUCAGUGAUGAAAACCAAAGGGAAGCACUUCAGUACAGAAUAAAAAGCUCCAGAGAAGCACAGGGGUGUGCACACAGAGCACUUGGGGCAUGUCAUGUAAUUGAACAUGUAAACUACAACUAUACUAUAAGAAAUACAUCCAAUGCAGCCUAUGAGACCUCCUGACAUCAUUUGAAUUUCUAGAACAUGCAUGUAUGUAAAUUUAUAAGUAAAUGGCAUAACUGUGCAUCUGUUAUGUUUCUUUCAUAUUGCUACUCUUGUUUUAACAGGAAUGUAGGGCAACCUAGAUGUCAGGAAAAUUUCACCAGAGUUGGUGCUUUGCACUGAAUCUGUUUUACCAAACACUGACUGAGAAUGUUUCUUCAAAUUUGGAAUUGAGAAAUGAAUGAUUAUUGUCUUCUGGAGAGAUGCAGCUAAGAUACUAGUCCUGUAGAUCAGUAUUUCUGAAUUUAUAAUGCUCAUUUUAUCCUGCCAACCUUUGUGUCCUGAACAUCUUGGUUAUCAUAUAGAAAUUAUGGUUUGUUAAUUUCCUUUAGAUUGUAUUUUAAAAAAGAAUAUAGUUACUUUUCUCUCCCCCCAACUAUGGAUGACAUAAAUGUAAUUUUUGGUUUCAGUGGAUCAUGUUACUCUAACCAUUUUUAUUUAUUCAUAUGACCUAGGAAACAAUCAGUAUUUUUUGGGCUUUUGCCCAGAUUGAUUUAUAAGAUGUGCCUACCAAACUGUUUUCUACCCUGGCAGAGGUUGUAUAAUUGUAAGGUAUUGCCAAUUAAAAUCAUAACAUGCCAAAUUGAGUCUUGUUACAGACCUUCCAGAGCAGCUUGUUUACAGCACUCCAAAGCUAUUGCUUCUUUAAAAAUUAUGUAUUUAUUUAUUUAAAUAUUCUAGCUACUCUAAUUUCAGGCAAGUAUUGAUACCAGUUAUGAACAUGAGUUGCAGCAUAACAAAAUUUUUGAAGGAAGGACCAAAAAUGUUUCUAGAGUAGGAUCUAAGGAAAAAAAAUAUUUGAUGUAGCUUCUGGUCAUACUAAUUAAUACAAGAAUAAGUGUUUAAACUUGGUUCUUAAAAUAUUUUACACAGUAAUGCAUUGUUCUUUAACAAACACAAUGUGUAAAUAUUAGAUUUUUACCACAGCCUACACAGAAUAUUUUAAAAGUGCAAUAUAAUUUGACUGCUCUGGGGCUAGGACAGAGGUAAAAGAAAUUUAUAUGAGUAUAGGGUUUUGGUUUUUUCUACUCCACUUCUAAAAUGCUUGUAGACCGGAAUUACUGUAGUUUAAUUCAGAGUGCCUUUUGAAGUUACCAUCAUGUUUCUGACCAGUAGAGUAAGAAACUCUAGUGUAAGACACAAUACAUUUCAAUGUACUUCAGUGUCUGAAUUUCUUUUAAUGUAACUCUUUGGUUUUCAGAGGGUUGCAGUGGAACUUUGUCAUGCAUUAACUUAAAAUGGGAGUUUUUGUGCUUAUAGCUCCAUCCAGUUCCUGAAAACUUUAAGGAUUACUGCAACCAGCUAUUGAGCUAAGUGACUACUGAAAUAGUGUAAAAAUAUUUCCUUUUGAAUACUUAUGUUUAAAUUGGAUAUUAAAUAUUAAAUACUGAAACUG